AGUGAGUGUUGUAAAGACUCCAAAUAAAAAGAAAUGAACGCAGCAGGAAAGCAAAGAAGUGAAGUAAGAGAGGGUGUACGAGGGUCAUAGCGUGAUGACACCAGUAGCAGAGCGCAAGCGUAUGUGAACAACAAUAUUGCUAAUUUCUACAACCAGUAUGAAGGGACUGGCCAUACUGUGGAAUUGGUGAAGCUGGCGGAGAACUGCAGAAGGCGUCUGGAGGGGAAGUAGCUCACAGAAGCUGAGGCGACGGUCGACGUCGGCUCAGUCUGACUCCUUGGCUCCCGCUGUUGCUGCUUCUUCACUGUUACAUCCGCAGCAAAACGCAGGAUUCACCCACAUGAGAUGGUCUCCAUAUAAGAUCUCACAGUGAAGGCUCAAAGGCUAUGUGACUGGAAGGCUGAUGAUGGUUCAUAGGACAUCAAAUCCAGUGUAACCGUGUUCACGAUGUGCCCCAAUGACAACGGUGCUUGCACCAAACCAUUGCUGCCGAGGAGGUGGGACUCUCUGUUUGACAGUGAGGCUGGCAGUGAUGUCAUCUUUCUUGUGGGACCAGAACAGUGGCGUUUCCCUGGUCAUAGGGCUGUCCUAGCAGCUGCUAAUCCAGUUUUUCAAGCAAUGUUGAAUGGUCCCAUGGCCUCUAGAGAUACCACAACCAUUCCCAUUGAGGAUGUCGAUGGCCGAGCCUUCGAAAAUCUCCUGCGGUAUUUGUAUAAGGAAGCAGUUCAAUUACAGUCUGUGCCCACAGCACUGCACACACUGUAUGCUGCUUUCAAAUAUCAGUGUGGUGGUCUGGUGAAGAUAUGUGUUCUGUAUCUCGAUUCUCAGCUGGACAGUUCCUCAGUACUAGAGGUUUACAGUCACCUUCGCAUCUACUACGACCCCACAGUUUCAUCACAUAGAAACAUUCAAGAUAACUCGUCUUCUGCCGGUCCAUCAGCACCUCCUAUGGAGGCCACCGCUUGUGGGAGCCAUAUCCCAUCAGUCUCAGUUGAAGGUUACCAGUUUUUGCCUGCUGGCAGUGAAGACAUCACCGAUGCAAUGUCAUACUGUGGCGCACUUCAGCAUAACUGCCUGUAUUAUAUUGAUAUGCAUACUAAAGAAGUUUUGGAACAAGAACAAUUAGAAGAUUUGGAUCUCGAUGGACUUAGACUCAUCGCCGAGAGGGAGACGCUUACUGUACCCUUGGAAAGUAUCCUUUUUGAUGCCUUGGUCAGGUGGUGUAAUCGUGAAUGUAAGAGGAGGAGACUGGAGUUGUCGGCAGAGAACAAACGUGCUGUUCUUGGUGAAGAGACUUUGUAUGCUGUUCGAUAUUUGCUUAUGAGUUCCGAAGAGUUCUUGGCAGGUCCAAUGCAAAGUGGACUGCUAAACCAACGUGAGAUUAAUAUGAUUCUGGGGCACAUUCUUCAUCAUCCAGUUCCUGAAAACCCAUGUCUUUCAAACGUCAUACCUCGAAUGCGAACGCCAAGAAACAGAGCUCGAGGCCAGCCUAUUCCUCUUAGCCAGAGAUCAAACCUCGAAUGUUCUGAUCUUAAUAUAGCGAUAUCACAAGGAAAUGGUUCUCAGUCAGGAAAUACAAGAAGGUGGGUGGGAAAGGGAUAUGGCAAGAAAGAUGCUAAGAAGCAAAAGAAGCAAAAGAGCAAAAGUUGUUCUCCAGAGAGAGGCAAUCUCGAGGGUCACAAACAGAGUACUGGUUCUUGCAUUGCACAGUGCGUUUUCAGUGCUCUGUCAUGUGUGUUUGACUGACAGCUUUCAUACUUUAUUAUACUGCUUUAUUUAUUCAUCUCAUAGAUGUAAAAAUUAUAAAUGUUACUUAAAUUGCUUGAUGCAGUAUUCUAAACACGCUACAUUGCCGAAGCACAUUCUCAUACGUCCUCAGUUCUGUGUCGGUUAAAGAUACAUAAUAUUUAUUGUUGCCUUUUGACACUUAUAAAGUACUUUUUUAAAAUAUGAUGCUUCAAUUUUAAUUUGGGAGAUCUUGCAUUAUGUAUUCAAAAUGUCAUUUUAAUGUGAGUGAACAUCUGUAUUUUCUUUGUUGACCCGCCCAUGUCUAGUGGCCAAGAUCAGAGAUGAGAUAACGUCAUUUUGUGCUGUGAUUAACCCAAAAUUUAUAGAGAUAUUAUUAUUGAAUACAAAAACUAAUAAAUGUUACCAUAAUGAUUGUUUUUGAAAGUGUAAACAGUCUAUUGUACGUUGUUGAUUGAUAGUUGUAUGGACCUGAAUAUGUAAACAAUCUGCAUUUGAUGGAUCAUUCCAGUAUUCCAUUUAUUUACAUUGAUGCAUGAAAUUUGCUUUUUAAAAUUCCUGAGUAAUUAUGCACUGGAAGAUAUGUCUGCACUGACAGUACUUUAAUACUUAUUAUGUUAAGGAUUUCCAGUCUAUUGAUUUGUUAUACUGGAACUACUGUAUAUAUGUAAAGCAUAAUGUUUUAUCUUAAUGGACAGUUAUUUCGUCUCAAUGAACAAUUAUGCUGUUGGAUCACGCUGCAGUACAACAUGAAUAUUAAACAUCCAUGUGGAACUGUGCCGCUUAAUAUGCCAGUGAAUUAAGCAUCAGAAUUUGUACUCACUUUAUGAAACAAACAUACCUGUUAUUGUUCCGAGAACAUAUUUUAUGCAAGUACUGUAUAUUUGGAUGUCUGUUUAACAUGUCUGGUAGUGGUAAUUAGGAUAUAUGGUCAAUCUAUUGCCCUCAAUUAAAUACAGUCAGCAGUCGGCUUUGCAUUAAAUUGUAUUGUAAUAACUCAGGUAGUAGAAUUCAAAAGUUCAACACUGCCACUAAAUUUGAUCCUUUGAUGCUUUCAUCUUCCUGUACUUCCCUUUAAUUGAUCAUCCUUCCAUCUCGUUAUUUAUAUUAUAAAUGGUAAUUUUCAAAAAGAUUUUCUUACCAAAACACCUUAUAUUUCUUGUCUUGCCCAUCCUAGCCACAUGCCAUGCCAACCAUAACCUAUCUAUAUUCUGUCAAUACUAGGUAACCUGUAUAAGUUCCUCAUUAUGUAAUAUCCAAGAUUGCUUUAUGCAACAUUGUUCACAUUGUAGUAUAGUGUCAUAUAUAUAUAUAUAUAUGUAAAUUAACUUGCAAACAGAUAAUGAAGAUAUUUCUGUUGAGUUUUGAACUUAACCCUCUCCAGUUCAGUGACAUCACACCAUAGAUUACGUGUUUUUCUUUUUCUAAAUUAAAUCUUCUGCAUUUGGACAAGAACUGCAUCCACGUUGACUAGUUACAGACAUAAAUAUAGGAAGAUCCAUCAAAAUGCUUAAAAUUGGAUAGACAUAUAAAUAGUUCUAAUGAGAGCAAGGUGCAGGCACCACAUAAAUUUUGUGAAUAUUCAUUUACUUGAAAAAUAUGUGAUAAAUGUUUUAUCUAUCGGUGCUUUAUUAAAAGUUUCUUAAAAUUGCCAUGCUCCUUAUAUUCUUGUGAUUAUGUUAAUAAUAUAGGUUAAAACAUUUUUGUAAAUUUGUUGGUUGACAAUUUUGUACUUGUUUUAUACGGCCAUUGAAAAAUGCAUUUGUACUUGUUGACUUCAGUAGCUGCUAACGUAAUUAAUGUUUUAUGUAGAUACCAACAGUCUGAAACCUAGUCACACUACAGUUCAGUUGCUAUGCAAACUGGAGUAAGUAUGGAUUGUAAUUGAGUUGUAACUGCUAUACAUUUGUCAAAUAUACCAGUGACAAAUAUAACAGAAAGGUAAUAACUUUA